AUGAGCGAUUCAAGAAUGGAGCAAAACGGUGACGACUACAAGCUGAUAUUUGAGAAGGAGGGAGUGUACCUGCACACAAAUGCCAAGAAAACCACCGAGGACACUAGCAUUCCGGGUUUCAUACGCAUUGUGGAACGGUCUGGUGUGCCAGCUUUAGAGUGGAGUCCCCUGGAAGAUGCGGGGCGCAACGCUCCCGCUGUGCUAUACUCGAAAAAGGAUAGUGAAGGGGGCGAGGAGGAUACCAAGUUUGACCCUGGCUACGAGCCAGACUGGGCGGUCAUAAGCACGGUGAAGAAAGAUCGGGAGCACGUCCCAGUUAAAGAGUCAGGUCAGUGGUCAUUCUCACUGCCGCUGCCGGAGCUGUACUCCCUCCGCAGAGCCCGUUUCUCCUUGGGCCGUAACUUCCUGGUGUUGACCAGCCGAGGGGGUCACCCAUUGCCCCCCUUGCACUUUCACCGAGGGGGCAGCCGGGAACUUCUGCACGCCCUGAGCCGCUACAUCGUCCUGGCCCAGUCUCCAGUGGACGGGCGUCUUUUCUUGGCGUAUCCCCAAAACCCAGGCGCUCUUUCUCAGUCUGUUGACAAACUGCACCUCUUUGACGAUGGAGGCUCCGACUUGGUGUCGAGAUUCAUCCACGACCCCUACGCGACAACUUUGGGCGGCUUUUCAAAGGUCACCAACUUCUUCAGGGAUGCCCUGCGGCCACCCGAGUCCCCACUCCACCCACGGGACUCCCGCCAGCCGAGCUUGGCGCCGCAGUUGGAUGAGGAGCCUGGCUUUGAGCUUAUCACUUGCGGUGUGGAACUUGGACCCAAGCCAGCGGUCAGCAGAGGGCGACCUCUGGACCAGUGGGAGUCCUUUCUCGACCCUGAGGGCCGCGUCGAGGAUCCCCAGCGCGUCAAAGACCUGGUCUUCCGAGGGGGCAUUGUGCCAGAACUCAGGAAGGAAGUGUGGAAGUUCCUGCUGGGUUUUUAUCCGUGGAACAGCACAUACAGUCAACGAGAGGAGAUCUUGCGCCUAAAAACGGAUGAGUAUUUUCGCAUGAAGGUGCAAUGGAAGUCGGUCAGCGAGGAGCAAGAAAUGAGGAACUCACUCCUCAGGGGCUACCGCAAUCUGAUUGAGCGAGAUGUGAACAGGACUGACCGCCAUAACACCUUUUUCUCGGGGAAUGACAAUCCGGGCCUGACCCUUCUCCAUGACGUCCUCAUGACUCACUGCAUGUACAACUUUGAUCUCGGCUACGUGCAGGGCAUGAGCGACCUGCUCUCGCCGCUGCUCUUUGUCACACAGAACGAAGUGGAGUCCUUCUGGUGCCUGACGGGCUUCAUGGAAAUGGUGCACCACAACUUCGAGGAGUCCCAGGAGGCCAUGAAGCAGCAGCUGCUUCAGCUAAGCUUCCUGCUAAAGGCUUUGGACCCGGAGCUCUGCGAUUUUCUAGACUCCCAGGACAGUGGUUCGCUUUGCUUCUGUUUCCGGUGGCUGCUUAUCUGGUUCAAGAGGGAGUUCUCCUUUGAGGACAUUCUCAUUUUGUGGGAGGUUUUGUGGACUCGUCUGCCCUGCCCCAACUUCCACCUUCUCAUCGCUUGCUCCAUCCUGCAGUCGCAGCGAGGCGAACUAAUUGGCUCAGACCACGACUUCAAUACGAUCCUCAAGCACAUUAACGAGCUGACCAUGAAGUUGGACCUUCAGAGCACACUGCGAGAUGCAGAGGCUAUCUACCUACAGCUUCUCCAGUGCAAAGAUUUGCCCCAGAAAGUGAAGGAGGUUUUGGGUGUUUACGUCCCAUCCAGCUCCUCAUCCUCCUCCGAGGAUGACAGCCCCGAUUUUCAGAGCGGCGACGCCCCCUGCCUGCCAGGCCAGUCGCAAUUCGGCACUUCAUCUUGUGAUGGCACACCCUAA